AUGCUCCUCUGGUUGGUCGCCACUUGGCUCAUCCUCACCGCCGUUCCUGCUACAUGCUUAGACUAUAAUGAUUACUCUCUUCAACGGAUCGCUCGGGCUCCACAUCCGUCGUCUGCCCUUUUGGUACCGUACCCACGAGUUGGAAAACGGAGCGUGAACGGACCACGGCAUCUGGAAUCAAGGAACACCGCUCAAAAACGGCUUUACAUGGCUCGCGUUGGGAAACGAGCAUUCUUCUAUGCUCCGCGUGUUGGAAAAUGA